AUGGAACCGUACGAAAUUAUCUCAUCAUCUCUCCAUCAAUUACCGUUUAAAACUGUUCAGACAUUAAUACAGCAAUCUAUUUCAAAACUACACUCUGGUAGUAUUAAUUCUAGAAUUGUUUCACACGAUGCAAUUCAUGCAUUCAAUCGUUGUGGUUCUCUAUUCGUUCUAUUCAUUGCUACAGCAAGUCAGCGUGUUGCAAAUUUAGAUAAAAGAAAAGUCGUAAAUGAAAGUGAUGUAAUGAAAGCGUUGGAAGAUUGUUCAUUUUAUCAAGUAAUAGAUAAAUUAGCAAACUCUGGUGGAUAUGUAUUUAGAUGA